AUGGAAAUUGGAAUUCACAACGGAUUGAGAAGUUGGGUAACUUCAAGAAUUAUGCAUACAUCUUACCCUAACACCAUCCCCAGGAAGAGAAUCCAUGUUCAUAGUGGCAAGAAAGCAAUGGUGAUUUCUAGUUCGAAGAAAGCGAAUCUCUCUGCUUCGAGGAAACAGAGAAUUAAGCUACAUAUUAAUGGAGAAAAGAAGCUUACUUUCAGUGAGUUCUUGAAACACCCAUCUGGCAUGGAAGCCGUAAUCAACGCUAAAGCUUUGCAGAGUUAUCAUUUAGUCGAUGAUAAUGAUAAUACCUACAGAUGUACACUGCCAAAAGUUCAAUUAAUGAGCUUUGAAGUUUCUCCAGUACUUGUUUUGAGGGUCACUUCCACACAGGAAGAUUGUACAGUCGAGCUGCUUAACUGCAAGUUGGAGGGGUCGGAGUUGUUGGAGAACCAAAGUGAAAGGUUUUUGGCGAAUAUGACAAAUUGCAUGACUUGGAACAUGGAAGAUCGAGAGCCAUUUUUGGAGGUUGAUGUGAAAUUGAAUGUCACCUUAGAGAUCUCAACACGGCCUUUCACAAUGCUUCCAGUAUCAGCUGUUGAGGUUCCUGGGAAUCUAGUGAUGCAGACACUGGUAGAUACACUGGUUCCUCUUCUGCUUCAGCAGUUACUUAAAGAUUACGACGAAUGGAUUCAGAAACAGCAACAAAACUCCUUAUAA